GGAAGGGGCCGCGCUGGCCACGGGCGGGACUCGCCGCGGGAUCGUGGUGUCCACGCUGGCCGAGGGGCGUUUCUUCGCCGCCGGGGGCUUCGACGACAUCCUGUUCGCCUUCCCGGCGCAGGAGUGGCACCUGCCGGAAUGUGCCGCCCUGGCCCGGCGGCUCCAGGCCUUCCAACUGCUCGUGGACAGCCCCCGGGGCCUGGAGCUCCUGCGCCAGAACCCCCUUCCCGGCGGGAAGCGCUGGCUCGUGUGGCUCAAGCUGGACUGCGGGAACGGCAGGGCGGGAAUCCGCCCCACGGAUCCCGAGGCUCUGGAGCUGGCACGGGCCAUCGCCCGGGGGUGCCCGGAGGUGGUGACGCUGGCGGGGGUCUACGCCCACUGCGGGAACACCUACGGCUGCGGGGACAUCCCGGCCGUGCAGGACGUCGCCAGGGACACCACCAACGCCGUGCUGGCCUUUGUCACCAGGUCAGUCCCCGCGCCCGGCAGGGGCCGGAUCGGAUCGCGGCAUUUUGGGAGA